AGUACAUUCAACAAGUACCACGAUGAUAGAAUUCUUGACCAGCGUCGAGCAAGUCUGGGCAGUGUUCGGAGACAGACCGACCAACGAGUUGUUGUUGAACAUUAAGAGCCGAAAGGACGUAACAUACCCUCCCACGUCAUCAUCCGUUCAUUGAAAGAUUAUUGACUGACCGGUAGAUUCUCAAUAUGGUCAAUCCUACUAUUCGUCCUGCUAGUCCUUUCAAUCCCACUGAAGAUGCCGAAGCCUUAAAGCAGGCAUUCAAGGGCUUUGGGACGGAUGAGAAAAAAGUUAUCGAAAUUUUAGCAAAACGAAGCAAUGAACAAAGACAAGAAAUUGCGAAAAGAUUCAAAACUAUGUAUGGAAAAGACUUAAUCGACGAAUUGAAAAGUGAAUUAAGAGGAAAUUUUGAAGACUUGGUGGUGGCCUUAAUGUACCCUACUGUUGAUUAUUACGCAAAACAAAUACACAAAGCCAUUAGCGGGGUCGGCACAGACGAAGACGCCCUUAUAGAAAUAUUAGGAGUUCAUACAAACGAUGAAAUUAAAAAUAUCAGGGAGGCAUACGAAACUAAAUAUGGACCCCUAGAAGAUGAUAUUAAAUCGGACACUUCCGGAACGCUCAAACGAUUAUUUGUGUCCCUAAUAACAGCUUGCAGGGACGAGUCUGGAAUUACGGACACAGAAAAAGCUCACCAAGACGCUCAAACUUUGCUUCGCGCUGGUGAACUUUUCGCUGGGACCGACGAAUCAGCAUUCAACCAAAUUUUGUGUCAGAGAAACCGAGAACAACUUAAACUAAUCUUCGCCGAUUAUCAGAAUAUCACCGGACAUGAAUUUGAAGAAGCCAUCGAAAACGAAUUUUCGGGCACCACAAAAAGAGUUCUCAUUGCGUUAGUAAAGUGCAUAAAAGACAAAAUUGAUUUUCUUGCGGAACGUCUCCAUUCCAGUAUGGAUCGUAUAGGAACUGAUGAUACAACAUUAAUAAGAAUAAUUGUCACACGAUCGGAAAUCGAUUUGGGAGAUAUCAAAGCAAAGUUUCAGGAAAAAUAUGGAAAAAGUCUGGCAGAAUUCAUUAGGAACGAUACAUCGGGAGACUACAAACACUGCCUUCUUGCCAUUGCUGGAGAGGAGUAAUUAAAAGAAAAUAUAGACGAUUCCGUACAAAUCCGUACAAAUAAAUACCUAUUUUAAUGAAUCUAUCUGUUAAGGUUUGGGAUGUAGAUGCUACAAUAAUUAUUUAAAUCUUGCCAAAAGCAUCACUACCUAUAUAUUAUAUUAUACCUAUAAUGAUUU